CGAAAACUCGGUCAUUUGAUAACGAAUUAGGAGGCAAUCAAUAUGAAACGAAUUUGUAACGAUAAUAAACGCAGCGCAAGCUCAGUUUGCCAACGAUCCCCGUUCCCCAAUCAGUGAGCAACGGAGCGUGCGGCGAGCAGCAAAAUGACAACAGCUUCUCAUAUUGCUUCAUUGGACGUUGGGACUACUUAUUUGCGUUGCUUUGUGCUCGACGAGAACUGUACGGUCAAGGGGUCAGCGGCGUAUGCAGUGGAGCUACUAAAUCCGCAGCCGGGUUACUUUGAGAUCGAGCCCGAAGGUCUUUGGCGCAACAUAAUCAAGGUGAUAACAGAAUCGAUACGCAAUGCCAGGCUGACACCCGCAGAUAUUACUUGCCUCACAAUUUCGACGCAACGCUGCACGUUUCUCACGUGGAACCAUCGGACGAAUGAAUACUAUCAUAAUUUCAUCACAUGGAAGGACUUGCGUGCCGAUGAUCUUGUCGAGCAGUGGAACUCGAGCUGCUCGCUGCGUACAAUGAAUGGAAUCUCGUAUGCUUUGUAUCUCCUGACAAGGAAUGCCCGCUUUCUGGCCGGCAGCGUGCUCAAGCUGAUGAAUGGUCAGGUGACGGCGAGGCUGCUCCACGAAAUCGCUCACAAUAAACGCUUGCAGCAGGCGUUGCGUGAGAAGAAGGCACGCUUAGAGCUGCUCGACUCUUGGAUAUUGCACAAGCUACGCUCCGGCAAUGGGCUGAAUACGGAUGUUGAACAUAUCACUGAUAUUACCUCAAGCACUGCCACCGGUCUCUAUGAUCCGUUCACCUUAAGCUGGUCGCCACUCAUGCGCUGGUUGUUUGGCAUCGAUUCCAAUCUACUGCCACGCGUCGUUCCCAACAGCUAUGAGAACUUUGGACACGUGCAUCCCGCCGCCUUUGGUCCGGACUGGGGCCAGACGAAGAUUCCAAUUGCCGCCUCGCUGAGCGAUCAGACGGCUGCCAUGUGGGGCUCCCAGUGCUUUGCGACGGGCGAUGUCAAGGUCACUAUGGGCACGGGUGCGUUCCUUAAUCUGGUCACCGGUAAGGAGUGUAAGGCCGUCAUCAGUGGUAUGUAUCCAUUGGUCGCUUGGCAGCUGAAGCGCAAGAACAAACACCUGGAUACCAUCUACUGCGUUGAGGGUGCCGCUCAUGACUUUGGCACAGUGGUCUCGUGGGCGCAAUCCUGUGAGCUGUUCGCGACACCAGCAGAUACCUCAGAUAUAGCCGAAUCCGUGCCAGACUCAAAUGAUGUUUACUUUAUGCCUGCAUUUAGCGGCCUGGGUCCGCCUGUAAAUGACCAUCGUGCCGCGAGUGGAUUUAUUGGGAUGACGCCGUCCACAACCAAGGCACACAUGGUGCGUGCGCUCCUCGAGAGCAUCGUGUUUCGAGUGGUGCAGCUCAUCGAGAGCGCUCAAAAGGAAACGGGUCAGCAACUAAAAGUAAUCAAAGUGGAUGGCGGCGUGUCUCGCAAUGAUUUUGUGUGCCAGUUUCUGGCGGAUGCCUGCCGUUUGCGGGUGGAGCGUGCCGAGUGCGUCGAGUCGAGCAUUAUGGGCGCCACUUAUCUGGCUGGGUUUAAUCAUGGCAUCUGGCACACACUCGAUGAUCUCAAGCGUUUCCGUCGUGUGGAGCGCAUUUUUGAACCGCAACCAAAGCAAUAUGAGAUCAUUGCCAGCCGCAUGCAGAAAUGGAGCAGUGCAAUUGAACGCUUCAGUGGCUGGUACUAAAGAUAAGAGAGUAUAGAUUAUUACAGGGCUUGUUUUUGUUAUGUUUUGUUUUGUUUUUUAUCUUACAAUUGUUGUAGUGUAUUGAAAUUGUUACAAUUAUAUUAUCAUAAAUGUAAACGGGGCAGUGAAACGAUUAACUCACGAAACAUAAACCCCCAGUCUAAAAACUAAA